AGCCCCUGCAAGAGCUGAGCUCGGAAGCGAAGCCCCAAACCCUCUUCCUCCGCCGGCCGCCGGCCGCCGCCACUGCCGCCUAAACGCCAUGGUGGUCCCACACCUGCGAGCGGCCCUCUCCCGCAUCCUCCGCUCGCCAUCCCGCCUCCCCGCCUCCUCGCACGCCCCUCCCAGCGCCGCCGCCGCUUUCUCGUCCGGCUCCUUCGCGGCGGAGGACUACCUCGUCUCCCGCUGCGGCCUCACCCAGGCGCAGGCGUUCAAGGCCGCCGCCAAGAUCUCCCACCUCCCUUCCCGAGCCAAGCCCGACGCCGUGCUUGCCUACCUCGAGAGCACCCUCCGCAUGCCCGCCGCCGACGUCACCAGGGUCGUCGUCAUGGACCCUUUCUUCCUCUGCGCCGACGUGGAGCAGACCCUGGCCCGGCGCGUUGCCGACCUGCACGACCUCGGCCUGUCGCGGGACCAGAUCGCGCGCCUCGUUCCCCUCGUCCCCAACUCCUUCCGCAACAGGUUCCUCCGCAGCAAUCUCGAGUUCUGGCUCGCCGAGAUCGGGUCCUUCGACAAGCUCCUGAAGGUCCUCAGGUCGUGCUCCGGCCUUCUCAGCAUGGAUCUGGACAAGGUUGCCAGGCCCAACGUUGCCUUCCUCCGGCAAUGCGGCCAGGACAUCUCUGAGAUUGCUGGCACCAAUCUCUACACCAGUCGGAUCUUCACCAUGAAACCGGAACUUCUCAAGGAGACUGUCCAGCGAGCGGAGGAGUUGGGCGUCGAGCGUGGCUCCAGAAUGUUCCGCCGCGCGCUUGCUGUGGUCGCUUUUAUGGACAGGAAGGUUGUUGGCAGGAGAAUACAGCUGUUACACAACCUUGGGUUCUCAAAGGAUGAUGUGCUGGCGGUUGUGAGGAAGCAGCCUCUCGUUCUGGGCUUUUCCGAGCAAAAGAUUCAGGGAAAUGUGGAUUUCUUGAUGAAGGAUGUCGGUCUUGAGGUAUCCUAUAUUGUGCGAAGACCAGUGCUGCUCAUGUAUAGUGUUGAGCGACGGUUGUUGCCCCGGCAUUGCUUGCUCAAAGUUCUCAGGGAGAAGGGUCUGCUCAAGGGUGAGCCGGACUACUAUUUCACUGCCUCAAUGGGUGACAAGAUUUUUUUGCAGAAAUAUGUGCAUCCUUUCAAGAACGAUGUUCCAGGCCUCACCGAUGACUAUGCCUCCAAAUGUUGGGGGAAGGCAAUUGAUGGAAUUCAUAGCCAAAAGACGCAAUGAAUAUUGCGGAAGCGUGUAGUGGAAAGGACAAGUCUUGACAGAAUCUAGAGCAGCAGUAUAGUGGUCAAGAUCCAUGGUGCUGGCUGAAAACCUGCCAUAACAUGCAAGUUGUUUCUAAUUGUCUGAGGGCAGGGUAUAGUUCGCUCACUGUCCAAGUUGCCUGUUAUCUUAUGUUUUCCUCUGAACGUGCAUCAUGAGAAAUCAAUAGUGUCUUUCUAUGGUAAUACUCAAACAAAGGCAGCAUGCAACGUAAUCUCUCUUUUAGGUUUUAGAAGCAUUUUGGGUCAUCUUGUUCUGAAUUUAGACUAUUUGGUUGGAGCACUUGUAGCUCCUUGUUGAGUUCCAUGGUACUUGGACUUAUAGCAUUGGAGUGAGAUAACUGAAGUGGUCUUAAUCUGGCAAGAAUGAUUUACACAGUGAGUGAUGGAUAAUUAGCCUUGCUCUUGCUUUUCUCUUGUGUGGAGCAAGUAGAGGUCCUCUGUUCUUUUGGCCAUGCACUGUAGUCAGCAACAGGCAGUAGCUGUAGGCAGCAACCGUAUAAGGUAGUGGAGUAGUGGGAAUAUGUUUUUGUACUUUCUCCUAUACAUUUGACUUGUGAUAUAUGCAAGAUAGGAGAGCAGCUGCA